AUGGACAGGCUGCACCCCUCUAUGAGGAAGCGUCUGUACAGUCUCCCACAGCACAUCGGAUCCAAAGCAUCUAUUAUGGACGAAGAGGAAGGUGAAGAGAGGGACACCUGGAAGAAGAGUAUCAAACUCAAACAGCUGCCUUCGCCUUCUGCCCUGAGGGCCCUUGACCCACGACCUGCAGCAAAGGAAGCACACAUUAUGGAGACUGAGGUAGGAAAAACCCAAAGAACCAGUAGCAAUGGAGACUGUAGAAGAUUUACUGGUAGCCUGUCAUCCAUAGCCAGCUGUGGCCGGCACCUUCACAACUCAGAUGCAAUUGAAGGAAGGAGGCUUAUAUCUGAAGGGGACCUGAGCCCCACCGAAGAGAAGUCCCCUUCUGAUUCAGCUGGUGGGGAAACUGGAUUUGAUCGCUCCCAAAAUGCUUCAUCAGUUUCCCAAUCUCAGGGAUGUGUGCAGCAUAGCACUUCAGUAAAGGUAGAGGAAAGAGAGCAGACAUUGUCUGGGGGAGAUGAUGAUCAGGGCAGCUUUAUGCACAGACAGUUUGGGGCGCUUCUGCAACCAGGAGUGAACAAAUUCUCCUUGCGUAUGUUUGGGAGUCAGAAGGCUGUAGAAAGGGAACAGGAUCGUGUUAAAUCUGCAGGAUUUUGGAUUAUUCACCCAUACAGCGACUUCAGGUUUUACUGGGACCUCACCAUGUUACUGUUGAUGGUGGGAAACCUCAUUAUCAUCCCAGUGGGCAUCACUUUCUUCAAGGAGGAGAAUACACCAGCUUGGAUUGUCUUCAAUGUGGUAUCUGACACUUUUUUUCUUGUGGACCUUGUGCUAAAUUUUCGCACAGGCAUUGUAGUGGAGGACAACACAGAGAUUAUCCUGGAGCCUCAACGUAUCAAGAUUCGCUAUCUAAAAAGUUGGUUCCUUGUGGAUUUUGUGUCAUCCAUCCCUGUGGAUUAUAUCUUCCUCAUUGUGGAAACGCGCAUUGACUCAGAAGUCUACAAGACAGCACGAGCCCUGCGCAUUGUCCGCUUCACCAAAGUGCUCAGCUUAUUGCGUCUCUUGAGACUUUCUAGGCUCAUCCGCUAUAUCCACCAAUGGGAGGAGAUCUUUCAUAUGACCUAUGAUCUUGCAAGUGCUGUGGUGCGCAUUGUGAAUUUAAUUGGCAUGAUGUUGCUUCUUUGCCAUUGGGAUGGCUGCCUGCAGUUCUUGGUGCCCAUGCUGCAAGAAUUUCCUGAAAAUUGUUGGGUAUCCCUAAAUCAUAUGACGAAUGCCUCCUGGGGAAAGCAGUAUUCAUACGCAUUGUUCAAGGCAAUGAGCCACAUGCUGUGUAUCGGGUAUGGACAGCAAGCACCAGUAGGCAUGUCAGAUGUCUGGCUCACUAUGCUAAGCAUGAUUGUUGGCGCAACCUGCUACGCCAUGUUUAUUGGUCAUGCUACUGCCCUCAUUCAAUCGUUAGACUCUUCAAGACGCCAGUAUCAAGAGAAGUACAAGCAGGUGGAACAGUACAUGUCAUUUCACAAACUCCCGGGUGACAUGAGGCAACGCAUCCAUGAUUACUAUGAGCAUCGAUACCAGGGAAAGAUGUUUGAUGAGGAGAGCAUUCUGGGGGAGCUGAGUGAGCCCCUCACGGAGGAGAUCAUUAAUUUCAACUGCCGAAAGCUGGUAGCUUCCAUGCCUCUUUUUGCUAAUGCUGAUCCAAACUUUGUGACGUCGAUGCUGACGAAGCUGCGGUUUGAAGUGUUCCAACCGGGAGAUUACUUAAUUCGAGAAGGAACUGUGGGUAAGAAGAUGUUUUUCAUUCAGCAUGGCGUGGUCAGCAUCCUGAGCAAAGGCAGCAAAGAAACAAAGCUGGCAGAUGGAUCCUACUUUGGAGAGAUUUGUCUGCUUACAAGGGGCCGUCGAACUGCAAGUGUGAGAGCUGAUACAUACUGUCGACUAUACUCACUGAGUGUGGAUCACUUUAAUGAAGUCCUUGAGGAGUACCCUAUGAUGAGGAGGGCCUUUGAGAGUGUUGCACUCGACCGUCUGGACCGUAUUGGGAAGAAGAACUCUCUGCUUCUCCACAAGGUACAGCACGACCUCCGCUCUGGGGUGCUCAACUACCAGGAAAAUGAAAUAAUUCAACAGAUUGUGCAGCAUGACCGUGAAAUGGCUAAGGGACCUCAUGGACUACAAUCUGAGGGCGAUUCAGCAUCAACACCUCCAACUCCAGUUAUCUGGACUCCACUUGUACGAGCUCCUUUGCAGGCAGCGGCUGCCACAACAUCUGUAGCAAUUCCACUUGCCCAUUCUCAUCUGUCAGCCACUAUUUUUAGGCCUCCUGCCUCUGCAUUUGGUGGAAUCACACAUGGAUCACGCCAAACACAUAGAGCUCCACUCAUCACACACCUUAAAGGAGUAGAGGUGUCCAUGCCUCAGCAGUCUGUGUACCAUGUACAUCAGCUGGCAGGAUUUUCUGCAGCUGCCUGUGUUAGUCCUGGACCAGUGACCUACCCAGAAAGUAAAGUAAAACAUCAACUACCCUCUUCCUGCUCACCACCGGCUGAAGUUGAUUCUUUGCAAUGGACAGCAUGCACAGGCACCUCCCCCAUUUCCCUUAAACCCAGACUAUCACAAUCAGACCAGCAGUUCCCUCCUCACUCAUUGGAACAAUGCCAAAACCUACAGACUUACUUACCAGGGCCCUCCAUACCAAAAGUGUCUGGGCCCUUAUCAGUGUUGCUCACUCAGCGCCAGGUAUCAGACUGUCCUGCAAGCUGCCCUUCAACUCUCCGCCCUAGACCAAUCAGGACUAAUCAAGAAUGUGGUUCUUCACGAUCUCUGCUCCUCCCAUACACUACAGCCAUGUCCCCUCAGUCUAGUGGCUGUGCUGCUGUCCCCCUCAAUCGGCUCAGACAGGAUGGCAGACCCAUCUCUGUGUCUCAGCCCUCCUUACCACAUGCACCAGCAACAAGCUCCCCCUUCUUUCCCCAGCAGUUCCCCCAUGACUUCUCCCUGCGUAUAAAGAGUGGCAACCCAGAAACAGUGACCAAUGUGACUUUGCCAGAAAAGGGACCAACGGAAGUAGAAUUUGGAGCAUGGGAUAGUGGAAGAGAGGAGCACCCAUUCCACUCAAAACUGCCUUGUAACCUUUGA